UGAUUAUCUUGAAAACAAUGAACGUUAAAUUUAAUCAUUUGUAAAUAGCAAGUAUGGCGGGACACUCGCAAUGGACAUACUUUCUUGUGGCAGUUUUGUUAUUUUUUUCACCUCAGUGUGCAGCAUCGCCAUUUCAAUGUCAGAAGGCAAACCCAGGUGUCAUGGUAUUUGAAGUUCUCCCAGGAGGAGGGUGGGACAAUUUAAAGAAUGAAGAUCGCGCAAGAAUUAUCUUCCACAACUAUACAGAUUGUAGGGCUACUGCAGAUGGACGCUAUCUCAUCCCGGAAAACAUCUUUGUUGUUCCCAGUAAAACAAGUCAGGUCAAGAUCUACUCUGAAAGGAUUGAUCAUUGGAUGAACUUUACUUCUUCCACGUCUAAAUCUAUCAACGUUGGAGGACAGGCUAAAAUUGCAGGGCUGUUUUCCAUCGGCGGAAAGUUUUCCUCGGAGUAUGAUGAUGUUAAAAGUAACCAAGUAAACGAUAAUUCAUUUACGCAGAGAACAGGCGCGCAAUAUGUGCGAUACAUAUCCAAACUCCAGCCUGGUGCUAUUUUAGAUAAAGGUUUCCGCUCCAAGAUCCAAUCGAUAGCUAACCAUCAUUUAAAUGGAAGGAAAAGAUAUGCACGAUACGAGAGUCAGCUUCUGAUAAGAGAUUUUGGAACUCAUGUGAUUACCAGUAUUGAUGCUGGCGCUUCCAUCUUCAAAAUUGAUCAGCUCAACAGCUCAUUGUCAACAAACUCCCAGUUGACAAAAUCCGAAAUUUCCGCAGCAGCAGGGGUGUUUUUAUUUGGAAGGGGGGCCGGGUUCGAUCAUGGUUCGUCCGUAACUGAUCAAAUGAUGCAAACAUACGCAAGCAGUCAGACCCAUUCUACCGUGUAUACGUAUGGAGGUCAACCGUACAAACCACUGAAUUUUAGCAUCAAUGAUUGGGUCGAUGGUAUCGGAAACGACUUGGUUGCAGUUGAUAGAUCAGGAGAUCCAUUGCAUUUCCUCAUCACAAAAGAACAGUUCCCAGAACUACCCGACUCUAUUCGAGUUCAAACCUACGAUUCAGUUCAGGGUGCAAUUUCAGCUUAUUUCAGAUUUAACACGUAUAAAGGUUGUACAGACAUAAAUUCCCCGAACUUUAAUUUCAAUGCUAACGUAGACGAUGGCACCUGUUUCCCUCCAGGUAAAAAUAUGACUAUUGGCGGCUUAUACCAAACAUGCGAGUUUUCUGGAGAUACGGAGGAUUUAUGUGAUACACUUACUCUUAAAAACAAGAAAACGGGAACAUUUAACUGCGGUGAGGGCUAUCAAUCAGCAUUGCUUUAUCAGGGUAACGUGACCAAAACUGAAAUUAGACAGGAAUGUGAAAGCUAUAUGAUUUUCUGGAAGAAAUGUCAUGACGUAGUGUAUGAGGGCAAGGCAUCGUAUUCAACAUUCUGGUGUUACGCACACACAGGAGAAGCACCUCCACAAUCGGGCUACCUCUUUGGUGGAAUAUACACCAAAACCGUCACUAACCCCGUCACAAAAUCACAAAGCUGUCCGCCAUAUUAUCAGCCGAUGCUGAUAACAUCCGACAUGUACGUGUGCCUAGCCGAUGACUACGAACUUGGACAAAGAUACUCUGUCCCCUUUGCUGGUUUUUUCAGUUGCCAAGAAGGAAACCCUCUGUCUAACCAAUACUAUUCGCCGACAUUCACGUCACAGUCGUGCCCCGGAGACUACAGCCAACACCUAGGGACCAUUCAAGAAGAGUGCGAAAUCUGCUACUGCACACUAGCUAAUGCCCUUUUUGGACAGGCGUCAAUGCCCAUCAGAUUUCCGCCUUUUGUUCACAAGCCCAACGAAUGGAAUGAAACCGGAAAUUAUAUCAUUAGCAACGAGGGUCAGAGUUGGAGCACUGUUUUCAACGUUCCCGACAACUUCACUGGAUUUGAUACAGUAGACAAAGAAUGGAUCGCAAAUAAUGGAGACACUCUUGAUGUCAAAACGCUUCUGGACGAAAGAAAUAGGGAUCACAGAGAAUUAUAAUGGGAUUUUUUUUUAUCAUUGUUUAAUAUUAACCUUUUCCAAAUACAUGUAUGUCUAUUUUGAGCGGAAGUGAUUUCAAAUUUUAUCGCCAGCAAGAACUGAAUAAAAAGCCAUGAUUAAAUAUGAUUGAGAUAAUGUAUAUUUUAUUUAAAACAAAACAUUACAUGACAAUAUAAUACCAGAAAAAUACAGUUCCAAAUUAAGAAUAAAUGAUAUUGGUAUGA